UAUUUUUCAUUUGCUAGGCAACCGAUCAACAGAAGGACUAUAAAUACCGCAAAAUAAACGCCGCAUUUUAUCUACAAGUAUUUCUCACGCCGACACAUUACGUCCUUUGUGAGUUAAUAUUCUUCGCUUUCUACAAGCAAAAGAACUAAACAUCAAUCAUGCGUGAAUGUAUCUCUAUCCACGUCGGACAGGCCGGAGUCCAGAUCGGUAAUGCCUGCUGGGAAUUGUACUGUCUCGAGCACGGUAUCCAGCCUGAUGGCCAGAUGCCAAGUGACAAGACCAUCGGAGGUGGUGAUGACUCUUUCAACACCUUCUUCAGCGAGACCGGCGCUGGCAAGCACGUGCCAAGAGCUGUCUUCGUCGACUUGGAACCAACUGUAGUCGAUGAGGUUCGUACCGGCACCUACCGUCAGUUGUUCCACCCCGAGCAGCUCAUCACCGGCAAGGAAGACGCCGCCAACAACUACGCUCGUGGUCACUACACCAUUGGUAAGGAAAUCGUCGACCUUGUCCUCGACAGAAUCCGUAAAUUGGCUGACCAGUGUACCGGUCUUCAGGGAUUCCUCAUCUUCCACUCCUUCGGUGGUGGUACCGGAUCUGGAUUCACCUCCCUCCUCAUGGAACGUCUCUCAGUCGACUACGGAAAGAAAUCCAAGCUGGAAUUCGCCAUCUACCCAGCUCCCCAGGUCGCCACUGCCGUCGUUGAGCCAUACAACUCCAUCUUGACCACCCACACCACCCUUGAGCACUCCGACUGCGCCUUCAUGGUUGACAACGAGGCUAUCUACGAUAUCUGCCGUCGUAACUUGGACAUCGAGAGACCAACCUACACCAACCUGAACAGACUUAUCGGCCAGAUUGUCUCCUCCAUCACUGCCUCUCUGAGAUUCGAUGGUGCCCUCAACGUCGACUUGACUGAAUUCCAGACCAACUUGGUACCAUACCCACGUAUCCACUUCCCUCUUGCCACAUACGCCCCAGUCAUCUCCGCCGAGAAGGCCUACCACGAGCAGCUCUCCGUUGCUGAAAUCACCAACGCCUGCUUCGAGCCAGCCAACCAGAUGGUAAAAUGUGACCCACGUCACGGCAAGUACAUGGCUUGCUGCAUGUUGUACCGUGGAGACGUCGUCCCCAAGGAUGUCAACGCCGCCAUCGCCACCAUCAAGACCAAGAGAACCAUCCAGUUCGUCGACUGGUGUCCAACUGGUUUCAAGGUCGGAAUCAACUACCAGCCACCAACUGUUGUACCAGGUGGUGAUCUCGCCAAGGUCCAGCGUGCCGUGUGCAUGUUGAGCAACACUACUGCCAUCGCCGAGGCUUGGGCACGUCUUGACCACAAGUUCGACUUGAUGUACGCCAAGAGAGCUUUCGUCCACUGGUACGUCGGAGAGGGAAUGGAAGAGGGAGAAUUCUCUGAGGCUCGUGAAGAUUUGGCUGCCCUCGAGAAGGAUUACGAAGAGGUCGGAGUUGACUCCGUUGAGGGUGAGGGAGAGGAAGAAGGCGAGGAAUAUUAAACAGUUCCGAGCUGACAUUUCACGUGCCGUCUUGUGAACAUUGAAAGCGAAAUAUGUAGAUGUAUAAACUUUUAUUGUCGAUAACUUAAUAUUUUUAAUUCCAACUAUGUGGUAUGAAAUAGUAAGUGAUAAAUUCAAGCAUUAUAUAUCAGCAUUAUUCUAAAACAAUAUAGUUGUUAUUUUUGUAUAACUCUACCGUUCACAUGAAAGAAAAGGUUAAAAUACCGAGGAAAUAAAAAAAUAAUAAAAUAA